AUGCUGGAGGAAAAGGCAGCUGUUUCUGCUCAACCGUCGCUUGCCGCCGACAACUUGAGCACCAACUCGAGCACGGCGCAGCAUGUCCGUGCCGGAAGCGAUUCGGACGGCGGCAAGGUCCACGAGUUCAACGAGCAGACCAACUAUGUGCCCAAGAGGACCAUCAUCACGAUCUUCCUCGCCUGCGCCAGCGUCGAUCUGCUGUCUCUCAUGGACCAGACGACGCUCGCCGCCAGCGUGUACAUCAUCGGCCGCGCGUUAGGUUCCACCGACCAAGUGUCCUGGAUUGCUUCCGGAUACUUCAUCACCUCGACCGUGGGUCAGCUGCUGUACGGUCGACUGUCCGACAUCUGGUCGCGGAAAGUAAUUCUCCUCAUCGGACUCGCCAUCUUCUUCUUCGGCUCGCUCGCCUCGUCCCUGGCGCAGUCCGUUCUGCAGCUCACAGUCUUCCGUGCCAUUACCGGCAUCGGAGGCGGCGGCUUGAUGACCGUCGCCUCCCUCAUCGUCGGUGAUGUCGUGCCUCUGCGGGAGCGCGGCAAGUACCAGGGAAUCUUGGGUGCCUUUGUUGCCCUCGCCCAUGGCGUUGGUCCCGUCAUCGGCGGUGCCUUGUCGUCCAGGUCGGCCGACUCGUGGCGAUGGAUCUUCCGUCUGAACCUUCCCCUGACCAUCGUCACCACCUUUUGCGUCGUCUUCUUCAUGCCGCUCAAGAAGGUCGAGGGCGACUGGAAAAUAAAACUAAAGGCCGUCGAUUUCGUAGGCAUCCUCCUCGCCUUUGCCGGUAUGACCGUCGUCAUCCUGGGACUGACCUGGGGAGGCUCCGAAUAUCCUUGGAACUCCGUUCACGUCGUCACCACCUUGGUUGUUGGCACUGUCGUAUCCGCCGCCUUUGUCGUGUGGCAGUGGAAAGGGCCUCGAUAUCCAUUGGUUCCCCUGCGCAUUUUCAAGUCGAGGAUUGUCAACGGAGCAUGUCUAACCAUGGCCAUCAACGGGUGGAACUUUUUCAUGCAAGUCUAUUACGUGCCGACCUUUUACCAGCUCGCCUACGGAUACUCGGCCACGAGGUCGGGGGCGAUGCUGCUGCCCAUCACGCUGCUGCAGACGGCCAACAGUACCCUCUCGGGCCUGCUGGUUCACUGGACAGGGCGGUACCGCGAGUGCAUCCUCUUCGGCUGGGCGUGCUGGGCAGUCGGGCUCGGGUUAAUGUCCACGCUCGACGAGACCACGGGCGUGGGAAAGCAGAUUGGCUACGCCCUACUCAUCGGCGUCGGCGUCGGGAACACUCUUCAACCCUCGUUGAUCGCCACCCAAGCCAGUGUCGAGAGACGUGACAUGGCCGUCGCGACCUCCUUCCGAACCUUCGCUCACAAUGUGGGCGCAACCCUUGGCCUGGCUGUGUCGGGAACAAUUCUGAACAAUAUCAUCGCCCGUGACCUGUCAUCGCUAGGUCUCGACAAGGCAUCGGCCAAGAUGCUGCUGAGCAACCCGCAAGCGUAUCUCGAACGGAUCUCGGCGGACGAGGCCAAGAGAAUCCAGAAGAUUCUCAUCCCCGCCUACAGGCAGGGAUUUCGGACCAUCUUCAUCGUCGGGGCGUCGCUGGCUGCCUUGGCCUUUAUUCUCGCUUUAUUUCUCAUGCCGCAAGUCGAGUUGACGAAACCAGAUGACGCAAGGCUAAAACAGGAGGGAAAAAGGGCCGACGAAGAGAGGCGAAGGAAGAAGGAUGAAGGAUCGUCGGCAGCGGCGGCCAAUGCCUAA